AUGGCUUUCAAGCUAAAGCUGUCGAGGACCAAGCGGCUCUUGUUCGUCAUUGUCUCCUGUACCAUCUACUUCUUCUUCGAGAUCACCAUCGGACUCAAAACUGGAUCGUUGGCUCUCAUUGUCGAUGCUUUCCAUCAGCUCAAUGACCUCAUCUCAUAUAUCGUCGCUCUCAUCGCCACACGGCUGACCAUGAGCUCUCGAGAAAGACCAGGCUUCACCUUCGCCCUCAAGCGGUGCGAAAUCGUCGGAGCCUUUUUCAACGCCUCGAUCCUCCUCGCGCUCGCUCUCUCCAUCUUCUUACAGUCCAUCGAGCGGUUCAUCAAUGUGCCUGAAGUGGAUGAUCCCUUUCUGAUCUUCAUCGUCGGUUGCGUGGGACUGGCUUUGAAUACGUUGUGUAUCAUGAUGUGCCACGACGCACACGGGCAUAGUCAUGGUCGUAGCCACGGACAUGGACAGAGUCAUGAUCAUGCCCACAGUCACGCUUCAGCCGUUCCGGCUCUUUCAGGUAGUCAUGAACAUCCCUGCUCGCACGAUCAUACUCAUGUUCUCGACCACCAGUAUGGCUACCAGCACGAUCAUUCUCCACCUGACACUCUUAAGCACGCCAACAGCAAUGAGGGGAUAUACUAUCAGUCCCUCGAAGAGGAAAUCCGGGCGGUCAGGAUACCCAGUCUGUUCACGCAGGUCGCUCGGCCCAUUUCUCACAUGAUUCACCAUGACCACACUCCCGCUCACUCGCAUGCUCACCUCCCAGGCACCGCUCGGCCUCGUGACCCCUCCCACAUCAGCCGAUUCUCCCGCUGGCGCCAGACCCUCUUCGGCGCGGACGAGGAGUCGGCCAUCCCUCAGACCCGCCCCAGCCUGACUCGAUUGGGUCCUGAUGGCGCAGCGACUCCAGGGGGCGCGAAACACCGCUCCCUCGACCCUGGCAGUCUGAAAUACGUCCUGCCUGACAGUCAGAGGUGGUACGACGCAGACAAGCUCGAAGUCCGCCAGCCACAGCGCAACGAGGUCGAUAUCGCUGACAAUCACCGUGACACUCAUUCUUAUCCUGGCAUGGCGGCUGCGGUGCAACCAGGUGGCUAUGCGGGACAUGCUCAUUCCCAUACUCAUACGCGUGCUCAUGAUCACACCAAGGAGGACACAUCUGCAACGCAGCACGGCCACGGCCAUGGGCACGGUCAUGGGCACAAUCUCGGCUUCGCUGGGGUGUUCAUCCACCUCCUCGGUGAUGCGCUCAACAAUAUCGGUGUCAUCAUCGCUGCAGUGGUUAUGUGGCAAUCCACCUCCCCCAAGCGCUUCUACGCGGACCCGGCCGUGUCGGUCGUCAUCGGUCUGAUCAUCUUUGGCGGGUCAUUGCCACUCACUCUCUCGUCUGCUCGAGUACUGCUCGAAGCCGCGCCCAAAGGUCUGGAUCUGAAGCAGGUGGAGGAUGAUCUUACACUGAUACCAGGUGUAGCCUCAGUACACUGCUUGCACGUCUGGCAGCUCACCGAGAUUGACCUCAUUGCCUCCAUCGACGUCCGGUCCGAGGCGCGCGACCUCGUCGUCUGGUCACUCGUCGAGAAACAGAUCAGGCGGCACCUCGCCACUUUCGGAAUCAAUCACGUGACCAUCUCACCCGAGUUUGUGCCUUCUCGGUCGGCGUCGUUGGUGGACGGCAGCAAGGUGGAAGAGGAGGAGAAGCGGCAGUGUGCGGUGUUGAACUCGCCUAAGGCGUAG